AUGGUGGCUGGUGCCUGUGGGAUGCUGGCAGGGCUGCAGGCAGGGCUGAUGCUGCCUUGGGAAGCACAGCCACACAGGGCAGGUGCUCAUCCUCUCACCCGCUGGGCCUACGCUGCAAACCAAAGAGGUGCCCUGCUCGUGUACAAGCUGGGGCUGGCGUGGCAGGCUCUCUCUGCUUCUGAUACUGCCAAAGCACUGUGUCCCAUCAGUGAGUUACAGAUCGACUCUGCUUCACACUGCUUUCUCGGGAGCACAGCAGCAGACGAGCUGCUGCCGCUGCUCCCCGUGACAGCGGCAGCCGCGGGUCGUGCCGCGGGCGGGCGGGGGGGACGUGCCACCCACCGCCACGGGCGCGCCCCCGGCUGGGGCAGCCGCGGCCGCUCGGCCGCCCGCGCAACCCCCGCGCCCCGCGGAAGCGCCACCCCGCGACCCCCCCCGCCCCCCGCCCGCGACCCCCGGCCCCGCCGCUUCGCCCCGCGCCGUCGGGGGCGCCGCCGCCCCGCGCCCGCCGCUGCCGGGAGGCGCGCGAAGCUGGCCCGUGCCGGCCGGGAGGCUCCGGCAGCGGCAGCGCCCGGCGCAGCCACCCGCCCCGCGCCUCCCGGGCCGGCACAGCCGGGUAAAUCGCCGCGGCGGGUGCCCCCGGCACGGCUCCGUCCCCCCCGUCCCCCACGUCCCCGGGGAGAGACGCCGAAGGAGCGGGACCAACUCACUCAUGGGAGCGCGGCGGGCGAGGCCGGCGACACCUCCGGCUUCCGAGGCGCCGGCGAAGUUAAUUGCACUGAAGUUCAAGUUGUCUUUUCACCCAUCAGGAGUGGGCGUUUAAAGGAAGGAGAGCGAGGAGGAGGAGGGGGAGGGGGGAGAGUCUCUCUCGCUCGCUCGCUCUCGCAUACACACGCACACACACACACACAUACACACACAGAGGCACACGCAUGCACGCACGCACACACACACACACGCACACGCACCCGCCCGCUCGGCUCCGCUCCCGAGCUGCCUCAGCAAGGAGGAGCCCGGACGGAAAACACCAGGGCAGCAAGCUGUCCCCGCGCCCUCUGGCCGCCCCCCGCCGCUACUCCCAGAGCCCCGGCAGCAGCCCCUUUGGGGCAGGCAGCGCUCCGCGACUACCCGCGAUUUGAGGUGGCUGAUGGAGAGAAGCUCCGCUACCGCGCUGGCGGUCUCCGCGGGCUGGGGAUGCCCGGGUGCGGGCAGGCAUCCCCCGGAGGCCUCUGCCUGCCGGCAGUCCCGCUGCCCCGUCGGGCCGGGAGCGGGGCCGAGUCCCGCAUCACUGUGCUGCUCCUGCCUGGUGUUUCACCUGGCACCACGUGCUCUGUAACGCUGUUAGAGAAUUGCCUUUAUUCAUGAAACUUCUCCUAGGGGAAGUACUUUUCUCUCCUUUUUUUGUUUUUAAGACCUUCUUUCCCCUCUUCACUGAUGUAGGAUUGGAAGUGGAACUACUGGAGAAUGAACAAUGAACGCAUGUUUCCCUGAAAGCUGAGGCUGUUUCUUAUUCCCUAGGAGACUGACAAGAGAGGGGACCCCGGAUGUCAGCCCGAUCUCCGUUUUUUAUUUGUCUCAACUUUGAGGCAGAUUUUGUCUUUCAGCUCUGGGAACUGACAGGUACAAUUCCCAUAGGCACCUUUCCAUCAAACAAGACCAAGGCCAAGAAGUUGAUUUGUCAUUGCUUUUCCUAGUUAGCCAGCAGUAUGUCCUUCUAUUAAUUGCUAUUAGUAACUUAACCUUGUAGCUCAGUUAUUGAAUAAUCAUUAAUCCAUGGAGGAUACACAAGCCCAAAGGUUAAUAAUAGGAAUAGCAAUUAAUAAUAUUGACCUUGCCAGUGGGGAGAGUAUUUUCGUCACAGUUAUUAAAAGGCACUACUAUUUAUACUAGGUACAGUGGUGCGAAUUUGGACUCAAUAUGUUGAAUACCAAAUUACUGCAACAACACCAGAAAUUAAUUCACCCUUUUAUCUCCAUAUUAUCAGUCCUCUGACUUUUUCUCCGUUUAAAACAUAUCAUCCCCUACUCUCUCAUUUUAAAUAAAAAUCCUAGGUCUUUAAUAAAUUCUAACAUUUCCACUAGAAAAUAACAUUGAGCUCACUUACACAGAUAAAAAUUUAUUUGCCUGCAGCUGAUUUGUUGUAGUGCUUUGGACCUCUUCAUUUCUCAGAGAGGACUUAGCUUUUUAUGGUCUUUUGAUACCAUGGGGUAAUAAAUAGGAGAUCAGUACAAAGGGGACAGACAUUCUCUCUUUUAUAGGUCCAACUCUCCACUCCCUGGAGUUGCCUCCUUGCAGAGCUACUCUGACUGACUGACUGACUAACCUACAUCCUUCUAUUGUCAAAGACCCAUCUCCUUUAUUUGUAUCACAUUUCUGACUGGCUGGUCAGUAAGCCCUAAUAAUAAUCAUGUUUCAUGUCUCAGAAAUCUAAUAAUCAAGUUACUCAUUGCUACAAAUUGCAGCUAAGCUAUUUGGGUUAGUCACGUUAUCCCCACUUUAAAGUCAGGGAAACUGAAACAGGAAAAUUAACACAUUUGCCUGAGGCUACACAUGGAUUUAAGACCAGAUCCAGAACUGUAACUGAGUUUAGACCAAGCUCCCUUUUAAAGAUCCCCAAGUGCACUAUUGAAAACCCCUCUUUAAAAUAGAAAUGUAGCAUAAACCUUAUUUUUCAUCAACUUUGUCUAUUAGUCAAAACACACACACUUUUUUUAAGGUCACAUUUUGUUUUUAACAGGUAAGGUUUAUUCAGCUUUUUUUUAAAAAAGUGUGGUAAUACUUUUCAGCUACAUCAGGCAGUUUACUUUGGAAACAAAUAUUUAAUACCAGACUGUGAGCAGUAAUGGGAAUAGAAUUGCUUGUCAUUGGGCUGCUGUAAACAAUAUUAGCUAAAUGUUAUGGUAUUGUUACAAACCAACAAGCUAUGAUGGUAAGUCCAGCAUUAGUACAGAUAAGGUGCUCUUGCUUACCCAGUGUGCACUGGUUUUCAGCAUAGUGCUCCUUCAGUGCUUUCAGUAUCAAAAUACCUAGUAUGAGUCUAAACACUGAAAUACAUAUGGGACAACCGUAUACUGUGUUUGAGAGUUACGAUUUAUGUCAUUAAGCAGUGAGUUUUACAAAGUUGUGUCAUUCAUGUCACUGAAGCAACACAUAUACUGCCUGCCCUUUAGCUGUGGCAUGUCAUCAAAGCAUGCCUAAAAAACAGAUGUACAAUAUAACUUUCCUAUUACUGACACAUAGAUAUUUCCUCUUCCUCAAUUUCCCCCCCUAGAUGUUUCCUUGCCCAGCCUUCUACAUGCUCAGAAAGGAGCUAUAGAUGCUAAAAUGCUUAGAAAGGAACUACAGAAAGUCCUGUUCAUCCUGCUCAUCCCUGAUGUCUCGAAUUGUGCAGUUGAAAGCCUAUACAGAAUAAGUAUACAUUCUUUUUAAAUUAUUUUUUUAUUUAUGCUGACAGCUCCUUUCUGAGCAUUUUUAGAGUCCUGAUUUGAGAGAAGUGGGUGCAGAUCUCAUUCAAAUAGUCAUUCUCCAAUACCAUUAGCAUUACCUGCCAAAAAUGAAAGUGACAUAUGAAUCACAAUAAGCCACUCAUGAAUUUGUGGAUUUAGAACCUGCCAAGGAACAGCAGAUACACACACAAUUUCAAAGACCCAUCAGUUUUAGGUACUUCCAGCAGUGUAUAACAGUACAUUUAUCCAAAGACCAUCCUAUUGAUGGCACAUCCUAUAAGGCCUAUAGACAUAACUGAUUCCAGGGAAGGAUAAUACUAACUGAAAAUAUUUCUGUUCCAGUCUUUCUUUUACAAGUGAGGUAAUGAAAGUGACGAAUCUGCUAAUCAUAACCAUGUCAGAGGCCCUUCCUGAGGUGCCCCUCAUUGAAGUGCCACUGUGACAUAAUGAUGUGUUGGUUUUGUGUGAGAAGAGCUUUAAAAUCCUCUGGGAAAUAUCACAGUUGCUUUCCAGUUCCUUUCAGACAUGUAAAUACCUUUAUGUUUAGACAUGAGUACAGAGGGGUGGAAAGUGAAGUUCAGCGAGGAGUAGAGUGGGGUUAAAAGAAUCCACAUGGAUCCAGAGACUAAAUACAUAUAUAUGUGAGCUUUUUUCUGUAUCUGAUAUUACCUGGGGCUUGAAACGAAAUGUUCAUUUCCAAGAAGAAACGCUGUAGGAAUGUGUGUCUACUUGAAAGGUAUGUUGACCCAUCGUUGACAGAGAAGGCCAUCUUCUGCCUGAAAUUAUACAUGAGGAACAGAACUCUCAGUAGUGCUCAGAUACUUGUGUCGUUCUCAAGUAAUAUGUACAUUAUCAAGAAUGGUUUAUUUCCAGCUUGUAGUGUGUGGAUAAUGCUAUAUCAGUGAAAACCACCACAUGCCACCUAUCAUUCUUUAUAAUUGCUUGCUUUCAUCAUGGUUUGCUUAAGCUGAGCACAUCAGAAACUGAAAAUAACAUUUGGGUAUUUUUUCCUUCUUAACAUACAAAAGCUCCAGCCUACGUUUUGAAAACUAUUUAUAUGGUAUUAUUUGUGAAACAUAGCAAAGAAACCUGCAUAUUGGCAUGGAGUACACAUGGAUGUCUCAGCAGCUUGAUGAAACGUUAAGACUUGGUUUGAACUGUGUUCCAACUAGUUCUAAAUGUUAUCUGUUGUAGAUGAAAUUGAUAAUCAACAGUUACAACCAUGCUGAAGUAGCCUUCUGUGCAUACCUUAAAUGCAAGUGGCCAUUGCCAUCUGUGCCACAACCUUUUUUGAUGUUUCAUUUUGCUAGUAGCUCAGUGGAAGAUAGUCAGAUGUCUUUUUUUGAAUAUAUCUUUAGUGCAUUUCUGCAGUUGGUUGGUUAUUCUACUCUUUGUUGGUUAGACACCAAUCUCUUGAGCUCAGGCCUAUAUGACCUUGCUACUUGAAUGUCUAUUCUGAAAAGUUCUUUACUGAAGUGGGCAUCAUGUCAAUAAUAACAUAUUCAUUUUUCUGUCUCCAAACUAGUUUAAGUUCUCUCCAAUCAUACAGUGAAGGUCCAUGUUUCCAGGCCUUUAUGCUACACAGUACCUCAGUCCAUUUGGCCUCUCUCCAAGAUAGUAACUGCUUUCUGCUCCACAUCUCUGUUACAGGAGGUCUUUGGAUUACCUAAAAAACCAAAGUGUAUCCUGUAGAUUUCCUUGUAAAACUUUGCGUUUUGGAAAAGUAGAUCAAGUUUUUGCAGAUGCAUCAGUGAUGUCAGACUCACUUCUGUUUUGCCUGGCUGCUGUCUCCUUCUUCCAUCUGAAAGUCCAAAAGUAUAACUUUUAAAGGAUUGAAGGAGAUAUAUCACUAUUUGUGUGAACCACUUUUACUGCAUGUUGUCUGUUCUCUUCUACUUCCACUUGGCUGCUUUUAAAAAUUCUGUUGCCUGUAUUGAGACACUGCCAGAUUAAACCAGUGAAGAUAAACCAGGUGACUGUCUACUUUUAUGAAUAUAGGUUGUGUAUAAUAAAUUCCGUUUUUACAUCUAUGCAAAUUAAAUCAUAUGAUUCUGACUACAUGCAUUUUUUAUCAAAUAUGGCAUAUAUUUCACAAAUUAUAUUUAACUUGUAGUCAUGUUGCAAUUUUGAAUACCUAACUAGGAAUUACAAGGUGUGCCACUAGAUCUUAGUAAAUAAGUGUACAAACCCAGAGUAAAUAGGAUAAAUUUAGCUUUUUUUUUUCUUGUAUUCUUGUUAAAUCUAGUGAAAAAGCUUUUUCUGCUAUAGGUGAAGAUAUAAACACCUCAUUACUGUGCUGUUUAGAGACAAAAGUACACUUGGUUUCUAGAAAUGUAAAGAUUCUGUAAGGGCCUAAAGAGAAUGUGCCCAGAAUAAGGAAGUUUCAGAGAAACAUGUCUUUGGUUUGGAGUUUACAGUAUCUAGUUAAUUAGGCCUUUUAUUAAUAUUUCUUUCACAGAGUAGCAGACAUCAGUCACAAUGUCAAAAUAAACAUUUUACUUCUCCAAAGUUAAAUUUUCACCUGAGGAAUAUUGUGAAGUGAAAACGGGAUUUAGCAUAAUUCUUCCUGUGGACAGACAGGGCAGUUUAAGUGUGAAACCCUAAGCCUUGUAAUAUGAUUCCCAACCAUAGGUGCACCAGACUUUGAAUAAUCAGUCUGUCAGAUAAGCUGUGACAGGCAUUAUUCUGUGAAGGUAGCCACUCAAUGCUUUCAAUGUUGAUGAUCUUCAGUAACUGCUGCUGUUUUUUUCCUAAAUAAAAAGAUAUUUUGGGAGCACAAA